AUGAACUCCACGCGAGCAUUAACUAAGAUCAAACAAACCGCUUUCGUUGAUCCAGCAUUGUUUAAAGCGGUCUUAACCGUGAAUGCCUUAUUCUUGAAUGGGUUCAUCGGAUUAAUUGGCAUUGUGGCAAAUAUCAUCAACAUCAUCAACUUUAAAAAACAAGGCUACAAAGAUGGCGUCAACGUCACCCUCACGGCCCUGGCUGUCAGCGAUCUAGGGGUGCUGAUAACCCAGCUGAUAAUUAUUCAGAUCUAUAACCCUUGGCUGGACGAGUCGAGCUUGCUGAUGCUAAAACCCCAAAUGCUUCUUUUGGUAAUCUACAUCAAUGAGUAUUUCAUCAGAGCGAGCGGGUUCGUUACAGCCUGUGCCGCCUUCGAGCGGUGCCUCUGUGUGGUGCUCCCCAUGAAGGUGAAGCUUGUCAUGACACGUCGGGUGGCCGCGGUGGUGAACAUUUCAAUAUUCAUCGUUUUGAUCGUCUACGUGGUCGGACCUAACAGUCUUGUCUAUGUGGGUUCUAGAUAUAUACCGGAAUAUAAUCGAACCUUCGCCUUUGUCUACUACAGAGACAACAGGGAGGCCAUCAUGAAUAUUUUUUACAUUGCCGAUGCGUUAUUCAUCCCGAACAUUACCAUGCUAAUGCUGCUGCUGUUUACCGUUGUCUUGGUAACGAAACUGAAAUCGAAAUUCCAGUGGCGGCAAAUGGUUUCGAACUCAGACCAAAGAGCCAAAAACUCGGUGACACUCAAAGAGAGGAAAGCGAUAGCCAUGCUCUCGACCAUGUCCGGCAUAUACGUCGUCUGCUUGUUGCCGCAUUCGGCCUUGAACUUGGCCGUCGGUCUUGUGGACCAGCUCAGAGCGGAAGGCGGUUACUUUGACCUUACAAUGCUGGCUUAUUCUAGCGCUGUUCUUUUCGAGACCGUCAAUUGCAGCGUCACUGCCGUUGUCUACUUCAAGAUGAGCUCAAAAUACAGAGAGAUCAUUUACGAAAUGCUUCCUUCUAGGAAAAAGAAAUGA